AUGAACCAGUCCGCAUGCCUCCGGGCCCUCCUCGCCAGAAUCUCCAUCAUCAGCCGCCACUCCCGCAGACCCAUUUCCAUGAAAGCUCGCAGCUUCUCUUCCCUUCCUUCGGACACGGCCCCCAUCGUCCGCCGCCUCCUCGCCGUCUUCACCGGACGCCCCUUCGCCCCCGGCGACCCGGAGCUCGCGGACCUCGCGCCGUCGCUCUCGACGAAAGUCGUCGAAUCCGUGCUGCGCGAGCUCAAGAGCUGGAAGAUCGCCCUCAGGUUCUUCACUUGGGCUUCGAACCAGGAUGGGUUCGUGCACAAUUGCUACACUUACAAUGCCAUGGCGUGCAUGCUGUCACGUGCUCGACAAAAUGCCGCAAUGAGAGCUUUGGCGGCCCAGGCCGUUGAUUCCAGGUGCAAGAUGACUCCGGGUGCUUUAGGGUACUUCAUUAGGUGUUUGGGGAGUGUGGGUAUGGUCGAGGAAGCUAAUGUGAUGUUCGAUAAGGUCAAGCAGUCGGGCCUCUGCGUCCCGAACAGUUAUAGCUAUAAUUGUCUACUGGAGGCCAUCGCCAAGUCGGAUGCGAUUGGACUUGCUGAGAUGAGAUUGAAGGAGAUGAGGGAUCUUGGAUGGGACUUAGACAAGUAUACGUUGACCUCGGUCUUGCAGAUUUACUGCAACAUGCGGAAGUUCGACAUGGCUCUGAAGGUUUUCGAUGAAAUGUGUGACCGAGGGUGGGUGGAUCCUCACGUGUGCUCUGUCUUGCUGCUGUCUUUCAGCAAGUGGGGUGACGUGGACAAGGCUUUCGAAUUAGUUGAGAGCAUGGAAGGUCGAAAUUUGAGACUGAAUGAGAAGACUUUUUGUGUUUUGAUUCAUGGGUUUGUGCGGGCAUCGAGGUUGGAUAGGGCUCUCCAGUUGUUUGAUAAAUUGCGAAAGUCGGGUAUUCCUCCUGAUAUAGCACUAUAUGAUGUGCUUAUUGAAGGGUUAUGUAAGAAUAAAGAGCUCGAGGAUGCUUUUAAAUUGUAUAUGGACAUGAAUGAGCAUGGCAUCAUGCCAGAUGUUAGCUUGCUCAGUAAGCUCACCAGUUAUUUCUCUGAAGAAGGAGAGCUGACCCAACUGCUCAAGGAAAUUCCAAAGGAUGUUGACACUGCAGCUAAAAACUUGGUAUGUAAUGCCGUUUUGAGUUUCUACGUUAACAAUGGCGCAGUGGAUAAAGCUUACCAUUUGCUCCGUGGGAUGAUGGGGCAUUUGCCUCUUGAUGAUCUGAAUGUGAGUCAGCUCCUCAAGACUGGGGAAAGGUUUUAUCCUGAUACAACAUCUUUUACUAUCGUCAUCAAUGGUCUUCUCAAGAAAGGUGAAACAGAUACUGCCCUGAGCCUCUUCCAUGAGAUGGUUCGGAUCGGCUGCAAGCAAACCAUUUUAAUUUAUAACAAUUUGAUCAGCAGUCUCUGUGAUUCAAACAGACUGGAUGAAGCCACUGAACUUAUGCAAGAAAUGAAAAACUCCAGAUUUGAGCCAACAGAAUUUACGCGUAACUGUAUAUAUGGAUGCUUAUGUAGAAGAGAGGAUGUAUUAGGAGCUCUAAACUGUGUGAAGGAGAUGCGUCUUCAUGGGCAGGAACCAUGGAUAAAACAUUCCACUCAGCUCAUGAAACAGUUAUGCGACAGUGGGAGAGUGCUUGAGGCUUGUGAAUUCCUCAACAACAUGGUUAUAGAAGGUUUCCUCCCUGAUAUAGUUGCGUAUUCUGCAGCUCUAAAUGGCUUGAUCAAGAUCCAAGAAGUGGAUCAAGCAGUGGAGCUAUUUCGGGGAUUAUGUGCUCGAGGAUGCCAGCCUGAUGUGAUUGCCUAUAAUAUCUUGAUAAAUGGGCUCUGCAAGGCUGGAAGGGUUUCGGAAGCUCAUGAUAUGCUGAAUGAGAUGGUGAGGAAUGGGCUUGUUCCAUCAGUUGUUACCUAUAACCUGCUAAUUGAUGGAUGGUGCAAAACUAAUACUGUUGAUCAAGCAAUGCUCUGUCUAUCCAGAAUGUACGAGGUAGAGACGAAGCCCAAUGUGAUUUCUUAUACAUCACUCAUCGAUGGAUUAUGCAAUGCCAGAAAACCUGAUGAUGCUCUUAUGCUGUGGAAUGAUAUGCUGUCAAAAGGGUGUGCACCGAACAGAAUUACAUAUAUGGCCCUUAUACAGGGUCUAUGCAAGUGUGGCAGGCUUAAUGAAGUCCUUGUAUAUUUAAGGCAGAUGCAAGAAAAGGACAUGAAGCCCGACACCUUUGUCUAUGCGUCACUGUUACGCGCAUUGCUAUCUGAUCAGAAUCUAUCGGCAGCAUUGGAGACGCUAAAAGACCUGGUGAAGGAGGGAAAGUUUCCAUGUUCACAAGAUAGAAACUAUCCAAUCCUUAAAAAUGCAAUAAUCCAAAUGUCACAAGAUGCUGUUACCUCUUCAAGCAUUAGAGAUCUAGUAGAGGCGGGAAGCAUUCCGCCAAGUAUUGUUUUGGACAGUGGAAUAGAGACUGAAUUGAAUCCGGGUUCUUUGGAAAGUCCAAGCUAG